AGAGCAAUCAACAACCUACAGAAUGCAAAUGAAGAAACCAUUUCCCAGUACAUGCUCAACCUUGAAAGUGCACUGAAGGAAAUACUAUCCGAUCUACCCGAUACCCGGAAGAAAAAAAGGCGUUAAGCCCUGCAGAAAGCACUGGCAGGAUUAGCUGGUUUAAAGCAGCAGAGGGAACUAAUUUGGCAACUUAAGCAUCAGGAGGAAUGGAUGUUUUCGGCUGCAGCUAAGGCUGAAAAAUGCCGGAAAGCUGUGAGGGACGCACUUAAUGGCCUCCAGGAUGCACCACAGAAUCUCCAUGACCUGUGGACCGAAUCCGAUAAGAUAAAGGAUACCCAAAAGCAAAGUAAUCUUUGCCUGGAAAAAACUUUAGAUGAAUACGCCGAAGAGCGGAUUGAGUUGGAAAAGCAGCUGAAGAAUAUAAUCGAUGAAUAUCGAGAGAGUGUAACCACCGUCCAAUAUAAGGUGAAAUUUAUAUAUUUAUCCAUAUAUAGCAUAAGCAAACAUAAAGUACAGACAGCACAUAAGCAGGACAUCUACGGCACCAACAAGUCUAAGGGCAGCAUAUUAAUAAUAAAGUUAUAAUUUCAUUGCG